CAUCAGCGCAAGACAAUAACCACUUCCACAAACUCAAUAUCAAAAUCUCAAUCACAAUCUCCCAACUGUUUAUCUUCGCUGUCUCUCUGACAAUUAGUGAUCUCGAAGCUCUUCUUAACCACGCAUGCCCACAGCUGCAAACCCAAUUAAUUCUCCCAAGUCUGAAUCUUUUCACCUCACAGAUCCAAAACUGGAAGCUCCAGUUGCUGCCUGCAGAUCUUGCUAACACUUUGUGAUCUGCAACAUUCUGUCUCUGUGCUUCUGCUCUCUCUGUCCCAACUGAACAUUAUUUUCCCGGAAAAGGAAAGACAUUUUCCGGGAAAAUGAGGCGAAGAGGUGCGGAUUUUCGGAGGCCGGUGAGGAGGAGGAUUCCUGAUGCGUUGUGGUGGGCAUUGUGCUGUGGAGUGGUUAUCCUCUUUGUCUAUAUUCUCAGCAAAGGGAACCAGAUUGAGUCAAGACCAGCUUUGGCACAGAGAACUUACAAGCAUGAUAAGAUUAUGGAAGGCCUUAAUAUUACUGAUGAGAUGUUAAGUCCUAACUCGGUGAGCAGACAACUUAAUGAUCAGAUAUCCCUAGCAAAAGCUUUUGUUGUGAUUGCAAAAGAAAGUAACAAUUUACAAUUUGCUUGGGAAUUAAGUGCCCAGAUCCGCAAUUCACAAAUUCUCCUCUCGAACGCUGCCACUAGGCGAGUUCCUCUAUCAACUAGAGAAUCUGAAAGUGCUAUCCGUGAUAUGGCAUUAUUGUUAUACCAGGCUCAGCAGCUCCAUUAUGACAGUGCAACCAUGAUCAUGCGAUUCAAAGCAAAAAUUCAAGCGCUUGAAGAACAGAUGAAUUCUGUGACUGAAAAGAGUUCAAAAUAUGGACAAAUAGCUGCUGAAGAGGUCCCGAAAAGCCUAUACUGUCUUGGUGUUCGGUUGACAACUGAAUGGUUCAAAAACCUUAAUCUGCAAACUAAAAUGAGGGACAAAAGGCAAGUCGAGAUGAAACUUAAGGAUAACAAUCUUUUUCAUUUUUGUGUCUUUUCUGACAAUAUUCUCGCAACUUCAGUUGUUGUCAAUUCAACAUCGAUAAGCUCUAAGAAUCCUGAUAUGAUUGUUUUCCACCUUGUAACUGAUGAAAUAAAUUUUGCGGCAAUGAAGGCAUGGUUUGCCAUGAAUGAUUUCCGUGGGGUGACUGUGGAAGUUCAAAAGUUUGAAGACUUCAUUUGGUUAAAUGCUUCAUAUGUUCCUGUGCUUAAGCAACUUCAAGACACAGAAACACAGAGCUAUUACUUUUCUGGCAACAGUGGCGAUGGCAGGACACCGAUCAAGUUCCGUAACCCUAAAUAUCUAUCCAUGCUUAACCACCUGAGGUUUUAUAUACCUGAGGUAUUUCCUGCACUAAAGAAGGUGGUGUUCUUGGAUGAUGAUGUUGUAGUCCAAAAGGAUCUUUCUGGUCUUUUCUCCCUUGACUUGAAGGGCAACGUCAAUGGGGCUGUGGAAACAUGCAUGGAGACAUUUCAUAGAUAUCACAAAUAUCUAAACUAUUCCCAUCCUCUGAUUCAUACACAUUUUGAUCCUGAUGCUUGUGGAUGGGCAUUCGGGAUGAAUGUAUUUGAUUUGGUUGAAUGGAGGAAAAAGAAUGUUACCGGCAUCUACCAUUAUUGGCAGGAAAAGAAUGUCGACCGGACAUUGUGGAAACUUGGAACCUUGCCCCCUGGACUGUUGACUUUCUAUGGAUUAACGGAACCCUUGGAUCCAUCAUGGCAUGUAUUGGGUUUUGGCUACACAACUGUUGAUCCUCAGUUGAUAGAGAGAGGCGCUGUACUUCAUUUCAAUGGGAACUCCAAACCAUGGUUGAAGAUCGGCAUUGAGAAGUACAAGCCCCUUUGGGAAAAAUUUGUUGACUACUCUCAUCCUUUGUUGCAACAAUGCAAUUUCCAUUGAUUUCAGUAGGAGCUCCCAACCAUGGAUGGUGGAAGAUUCAGAUUAAAGAGUAGCAGGAUCAACACAUUGACUAUUUUCAUCCUCUAUUGCAGCAGUGAAAGUUGCAUUGAUUUGUGAGGAACUGGAAAGGUUUGAUGACCCUUACACGAACAAGCACAGAUUGAGGUUUUAAUUUUGUAGUUAGAAAUGCUUGUACAAUUUUAGGUCAGGCAUGCCUAGUGGCUGCAACUUGGGGGGUCUACAUUGAUUAUGAGUCUUCCGUUGUAGCAUAUAGAUGUUCAUUUGAUACAAGUAUUAGGCAAUAUCAAUCAAUUCAGAGCUUUUUCUUGUAUUUUUCUAGUAAAAGAUUGAUGUUAACCGCUAGUUAUACGUAGUAUCCAUUGCCAUUCAUUGUUGCUA